UAUUAGUGGGAAAUGCAGUACAGAAGUAUUUAGUAAAUUUUUAAAACCAUAUGGUAUUACAGCUAAAAGAUUGAGAAAAAUCAGAGGUAAAGAUGCUUCUAGAGUUCAUAAUGGUCAAAAUUCAACUUCACAGCAUCUCGAUUUUCUUAUCAGAAUUGUCUUGAGACAUAAGAUAGACUGUUUUGAU